GCGCGUAACCCGUCUCCCUUCCCUUCAUUCAUUGUCAGCAGCCGCCGCUUCCUGGAGCCAUUUUCCAGCCGGCCCCACACAGCGGGAGCGGCCCCGCUUCAUCCGCCGCAUCUGCCCGUCCCGCCGCUUUCAUCCCCCCCUGGGACCCCGCAUCCUGCAGCCGGAUCCCCCCCGGCACCCGCCGCCCCCAGUAUUUUGGGUCGGGCCUCGGCAUUGAGGAGGAAAGCAGCCGGGAAGGCCGGGGGGGGAGGGAGGUAGAGACUCGGCUACGGGGACAGACCCAGAGGGAAGGAUGAGAAGGGGACUCCAGCCGGCGGCCCUAGCAGCGCAGCCACCCGCACCUUCCAUGGACUCCCGGGUGACCCCCGCCAGCUUCCCAGCCCACUUCGCCGCUGGCACCUUCAUCCAGAUCCGCAGCGGCGCGGCGGCGGCGUCCUGUGUGUCCUCCUCCUCCCAGGUUCCCGGUGCCUUUGCCCUCACUGCGGAGGGGGGUCAGCCCGCUGGCGGCUCCCUGUACUGCACCCCGCACGGACCCGCCGGCAGGACGGCGCUGCUGCAGCCAGCACUUGGAGGAGGCGGAGGCCGCCCCCCGGCAAAGCGAAGGCUGGAGCUAGGAGAAAGUGGUCACCAAUAUCUUGCUGAAGGAUUAAAAACCCCAAAAGGAAAAGGAAGAGCUGCAACAAGAAGUCCAGAUAGUCCAAAAACUCCAAAAUCUCCUUCAGAAAAGACUCGAUAUGAUACAUCACUUGGUCUUCUCACAAAGAAGUUCAUUCAGCUGCUGAGCCAGUCCCCAGAUGGGGUCGUGGAUUUGAACAGAGCAGCAGAGGUCCUCAAGGUGCAGAAACGGAGGAUUUAUGAUAUCACCAAUGUACUGGAAGGCAUCCAUCUCAUUAAGAAGAAAUCCAAAAACAACAUUCAAUGGAUGGGCUGCAGUCUAUCUGAUGAUGGGGGCACGCUGGCACAGUGUCAAGGCCUGUCAAAGGAGGUGACUGAACUCAGUCAGGAAGAGAAGAAACUGGAUGAAUUGAUCCAAAGUUGCACCCUGGACCUCAAGUUGCUAACAGAGGAUUCAGAGAAUCAGAGAUUAGCUUAUGUUACAUAUCAAGAUAUUCGAAAAAUUAAUGGCCUUAAAGACCAAACUGUUAUAGUUGUGAAAGCACCCCCAGAAACCAGACUUGAAGUGCCUGACCCAGUGGAGCAGAAUGCGCUGAUCCAUUUAUCUAGUACCGAAGGACCUAUUGAGGUUUAUCUAUGUCCAGAAGAGAAUGACAGCCUCAGUCCUAUUAAAACAUACAAUCAGGACCACAACGGAAAUAUCUCAAAAACAAUUUCCAAAGAUCUGGCUUCUGGUAACGCAGGACAAGGGGACUGCUCGGUAAAUAUGGCAAACCUCUCUCCAUUGGCUUCUCCAGCCAACCUUUUGCAGCAAACAGAGGACCAAAUUCCCUCUAACUUCGAAGGGCCAUUUGUGAACUUGCUGCCUCCUCUGCUUCAGGAAGAUUACCUGCUGAGCCUUGGGGAAGAAGAGGGCAUCAGUGAUCUCUUUGAUGCUUAUGAUUUAGAAAAGCUUCCCUCAUUGGUGGAUGAAUUUAUAUACAGCUGAUUAUAUUUUGUUAAUUAUUUUCCAUAUAAACCAUUUUUUUUUUAAAUGGAACCAGAAAUCCUGCUGUGAUUCUGUGUUGUCCCCUCCCUCCUUCCUACUCCCAAGUGUAGCAUUACAGAGUCAACCACAGACUCCUGAACAAUGCUGACAUUUUCAGGAAAUACUUCCUAGAAUAGUAUGAACACAACUGUAGGCUCUUGCAACAAAGCCUUGUUUAACCUUAGGCUCCAGGCCUUGUGCAUCAGCAAAUGGCACAUCAUGCAGGCAGGUGAUCAUAAAUGGUUCCUCUCUCACCCCUCCCCCAAUCUCUGCUUACUGUGUACAGUGGGCUUGUGGAGAAGGGCUCAAUGAACUGGUUUAGUCACAAAUAGCAAUUUUUUAAAUUGUAUUUCAAGCUGUGCCUUCUGUGGAAAACGCAUGUCUUCUGAGUCUCACAAUAUGGAUUGUACCUGCAGUAAAUGUAAAUAGGAAGUAAUGCAAGAGUGUGUAAUGGGUUUCUUGAACUCUUCCUGGGAAUGUUUAAAUUACUCUCAUAAUGCUCAGUUUGAGCAAUGUAUUUGUCUCAGUAUGAGGUCAGAUACUAAUGUCCUUAUAAGUUUUUAAUAAAAAAAUAAACUUUAAAUAUAGUGUAUAUUACAAAUAUGGGCAAAGAUUACAGUUCUGCCACUUCUCAUAGUAACCACAGAUUUUUAAAAUGCUUACAUAUGUGUGUGAAAGUGUUUCUCUUUUUAAAAUGAAACAAAGAUGCACAGUUCAAUUUUACUGCCCCCAGUGUGCACACUAGACCUGGUACAUAAAUUUUUGUGGUACUAAGUGGGGCUUUGUGUUAAGUGCCUACUAGAUAUGCACUGUGUUAUUCUCUCUAUGGAAAAUAAUUUAUACCAAGCUUUGUUUGUUCAGUAUACCAUAUUUAUAGCAGCGGGUAAGCUGCCUCUGCUUCCAGCUUUUAUAAUUCUCCUCGCCAGCAACGCAGAGCUUUUUUCCCCAAAGCAAGAACUACAUAACUGUAAGUACCACAUUAACUGAAUUAAGUUUAUUUUUUGAAACUCUUUGGUAGUAUAGUAAAGCACCAAUAUUUAUUUUUUGAAAGUGAGAGGAAUUCUAAUAAGUCUUAAAUAUACCUUCUGUUUUUGUUUAAAAUGUUGCCACUUUAUGGGCUAAAUGUUGGUGUAGAUGAUGCCCCAUAUAAACUUUUUUUUGUUUGUAUUACUGUCGUGAUUAUCUGACACACAUAGUAAAUUAGUACUAUUUUGUAUUGUAGUUUGCAUAUGAUGUAUGCAGGUUUUCUGGUACCAUUGAGUUGCUGCUAUAAAAGCUCACAUAUGAAAUGACUAAAAGUAACAGUACUAGAAUAAGAACUAUAUGACUGAGCUUUAGAAUAUAACAAUGUAUAAAGUGCAACACAUUAAGAACUGUUAAACAGUGUUAAGUGUGUGUUUAUAUGUACAAAUGUGUGCAUAGUUCAUUAAGUGGUUAUAUUUAAGUUGAUAUAUGUUCUGUACUCACACUUUAGUUAUGUAGCAGAUUUGUACAAUAGGAAUUAAUUUGUAAACACUGCCAGAAUAUUUUCUAGCUUGUUCGUAAUUUUUUAAGAGUUUUUUUGUUAAAUGAUGUGGAUCUGUAAAUAAAAUUGCAGUAUUUAAAUUUUAGUCUUGUGGAAGAGGAAAGUAAAAGUUGUGUAAGCAUGACAUUUUCUGAGAGACAAGGGGGCACUUUGUGAGAAGGAUAAAAUUGAGACUAAUAGAUUAUAUUAUUGUCCUUUUUGUUAUACUGUUUUGUAUAAAUUAAACACUUGUCCCAAUGUGUGUGGGCAAAAUACUAAUCUAAAUUAGCUUUGCAUUGUAUGCUAGUUGAGAAAAAAGAAACCCUGUAAAAUAAUGUUUAAAAAAAAAAAAGCUUUUAUGAGUUUUGUAAAUAGAUUUAUUAAAGGGUGACCUGUUCUCUAGCUGUGAUCUUACCACUUUAAAUGGAUGUAAUUUGAAUAAAUUUUGUAUGGUAAUGAAUCAAUAAAAAGGAUUUUUUAAAGAGUUUAGAUUUGU